AUGGCUAAUCAACUACAAUCAUCAACAACCACCUCGGUGGAGCUCCGUUCCCUAGGCGGAGCAGAAGAACGCGCCCAUCGAGCGGAACCAACGGCCCCAGAAUCCGAACCCAACGACCUAAUGCAAGCCUCUGCAAUUGCCGACUCUGAGGUCCCAGACGGUGGGUACGGCUGGAUUGCUGUAUCCGCGUGCGCCGUCAUGACGUGGUGGUUCGUAGGGACGUCCUAUAGCUGGGGUGUUCUGCAAGCCGCGCUCGUCAAAGAGGGCGUUUCGUCGUCGUCGACACUGGCGUUUGUUGGCUCGCUUGCCGUCGCUUGUAUCUCGUUCCUGGGAAUUAUUAAUGCGAGGCUGAUUCGCUGGUUGGGGGCGCGGGUUUGUGCGGUGUCUGGGGUUGUGUUGUUGGGCAUGGGUGAGAUCUUGAGUGGCUUUGCCGUGAAGAGUAUUGGGGGGCUAUUUGUUACUGCUGGGGCAGUUAUGGGACUGGGGAUUAGUCUUUGCUUUAUGGUCUCAGCAGUUAUUCCAGCCCAGUAUUUUAAGGCUAAGCGCGGAAUCGCCAAUGGAAUCGUCUAUGCUGGGGGAGGUCUUGGUGGAGCAGUCAUCAGUUUCAUCGUCGACGCGCUGAUCCAAAGUACUGGCGUUGCCUGGACAUUCAGGACACUGGGUCUACUAACCCUAGCCACGGGCAUCCCAGCAGCCCUCUUUAUCAAAGAGCGUGUGCCAAUCCGCAAGUCCGCUGCUAUUGAAUGGCGCCUCUUCCGCGACCCCCGCUUCACGCUCCUCUUCUUCGUCGGCGCAAUCGCCAUGUUCCCGCUCUUCGUCCCACCCUUCUUCCUCCCCUUGUUCACCUCCUCACUGGGAAUGAAGUCCUCCGUCGGUGCCGGCGUAGUCGCUGCAUUCAACUUCUCUUCUGCGCUCGGCCGGCUCAUGUGCGGAUACUGCAGCGACACACUAGGGCCGCUGAAUACGCUCUUCAUCUCCCUCCUCCUCAGCGCCGUGAGCAUGCUUGUCCUGUGGCCCGUCUCUAGCUCUAUAGGGCCACUCGUCGCAUUCGUCAUCAUUAACGGCAUGUCGAACGGCGGGUUUUUCUCGACCAUGCCUACGGUUGUAGGGAAUGUAUUUGGGUCUGCGCGGGUGAGUGUCGCCAUGGCGAUGAUUGUUACGGGAUGGGCUGGGGGGUAUUUACUUGGUGCCCCGAUUGCAGGGUACAUCCUCGAGGCUUCUGGUGGCAACGAGGGUGGAAUUAACGCGUAUAGACCUGCGAUCUUCUAUGCUGGGUCAUUGGCCUUCACUUCAGCAGUGUUGGCAGCGGCUAUCCGGUUGAAGACGGAUAUGAGUUUGAAGAAGAGGCUGUAG